AUGCCUGCAUACCACGUAGCAUUUGGGACUCCAGUUCUGUUGUCUCAGCAGAUGGCCAGCAGUAGCAACGAGAGCGUGGGCCUAAACUCCGAGGAGGCAAUUGUGCGCCGCUACAUGGAGCUCCAAAACGAGCUGCAAAACCUGUUUGCCAAGCUGCAGGAACUAGAGAGCGAGAAAGUUGAGCACAACAUGGUGGUAUCCACCCUGGAUCCCCUAGAGCCAUCGCGGAAGUGCUACCGCCUCGUGGGGAGCGUGCUUGUAGAAAGAACGGUGAAAGAGGUGCUGCCGGCAGUGACGGCAAACAGAGACAAUCUGGCGCAGAUUGUGAAGACGCUGAGCGAGCAGUUUGAGAAGAAGAAGAAGGAGCUGGGGGAGUUUCAAACAAAGUACAAGAUCAGGUAUAAGAACGAAAAGGAGGUGCGGAGGGCGCAGCAAGAGAGCGGCGAAGGGCAGGGACCGGGGGUGCUUGUGCAAUAGCAGGGAAGGGCAAAGCUUGAAUCUGGGGUGUGAAAGCUGACUGACAUGGGUUGCAACGAAUGCUUACCUUACGGUUUGUGCUCAACUAGGAUUGUGUCACUCAUUCAACUUGUGAAGAAUCAGAGUGGACGACAAGCAGCUUCCUGUGAUUCAAUGUCAAUUGGAGGAACGUAGCCGACAAGCUGGGAACAAGUAGGCUUUGGAGCGCCUACUAAUAGAACAAACGGAAUCCUCUCUUGGGAUUUCUGCAUAUUUCUGCAGCCAAGUUCAAACUGGCUUGGGCCGUGGUUGGCAGCGACAUUUCUUCAUACAUGGCUGAUUGCGUUUGUCCGACAGUGUUGUAGUCGGUCUUCCAUGUAGGUAGACGCUUUGCAAAAGGCACCGCAAAGAGUUGCACAUGAAUUUUGGCCAUUGGCUGUGUGCGCAAUGAUGCUCCGACAAUUCCAGCUUCAAUCCUCCUAUAACCAGCAAGCUUUGUGGCAAAGCGAUCAUCGACUUGAGGAA